UCAACAGCUGUUGGAGCCCGUUAGACGCGGACCAAUCGUAGCUCUCGCCGUUAUCAGUAGAGGGAAAAAAAUCCCCACCGUCGCCAUAAUACAGCAGCAGCGGAAACGACUGAGAAGUGGCUAGAAAACAAAAGAGAGCACGCAUUCGUCCUCGCCAUUUGGUAUGCUCUUGCAGUGUUACAGGAAUGCCCAAGGAAAAAUAUGACCCGCCGGAUCCCAGGCGGAUGUACACGAUAAUGACCAGCGAGGAGGCAGCCAAUGGGAAGAAGUCAUACUGGGCUGAGCUGGAAAUAAGUGGUCGAGUGAGAAGUCUGAGCACAGCCCUGUGGUCACUCACCCACCUCACUGCCCUGCACCUCAGUGACAACUCAUUGUCACGCAUCCCGCCAGACAUUGCCAAACUUCACAAUUUGGUGUACCUGGAUCUUUCAUCGAACAAGAUCAGGAGCCUGCCAGCAGAGCUCGGCAACAUGGUGUCUCUCAGGGAACUGCUUUUAAAUAACAACCAGUUGCGGGUUCUGCCGUUUGAAUUGGGAAAACUGUUUCAGUUACAAACACUGGGGUUAAAAGGAAACCCACUAGCACAAGAAAUUAUGAGCCUCUAUCAGGAACCUGAUGGCACGCGAAGACUGCUCAACUACUUGUUAGACAAUCUGGCAGGGGCUAUCAAGCGCAUACCAACAGAGCAGCCCCCGGCUCGGUCGUGGAUCUCUCUCCAGGAACCAGACCGAGCCCGGCCAUCAGCACUGUUUUCUGUCAUGUGCUACAACGUGUUAUGUGAUAAAUACGCCACAAGGCAGCUGUACGGCUACUGCCCCUCUUGGGCUCUGAACUGGGAGUACAGGAAGAAGUCCAUCAUGCAAGAGAUUAUGGGGUGCAGUGCGGACAUCAUCAGUUUGCAGGAAGUGGAAACGGAGCAGUACUACAAUUUUUUCUUGCCUGAGCUGAAGGAGCAGGGUUAUGACGGGUUCUUCAGUCCAAAGUCGCGAGCUCGGACCAUGUCAGAGUCGGACCGCAAACAUGUCGAUGGAUGUGCAAUUUUCUACAAAACAGAAAAGUUCAGUGCUGUGCAGAAGCACACAGUGGAGUUUAACCAGCUGGCAAUGGCUAACUCGGAGGGCUCAGAAGCAAUGUUGAACCGCGUGAUGACGAAGGACAAUAUCGGGGUUGCUGUAUUGCUUGAAGUCCGCAAAGAGAUGAUGGAAGUGUCCUCUGGAAAGUCACUCCACGGCAUGGAGAAGCAGCUGCUGCUGGUAGCCAACGCCCACAUGCACUGGGACCCGGAAUACUCUGACGUCAAGCUGGUUCAGACCAUGAUGUUCCUGUCGGAAGUAAAGAACAUUGUGGACAAGGCUACACGCAGCCUCAAGUUGUCCUCGGUCUCCGGUGAAACCAAUGGCAUUCCACUGGUGCUCUGUGCUGACCUCAACUCUUUGCCCGACUCUGGUGUGGUCGAGUACUUAAGUACGGGUGGAGUGGACUGCACCCACAAGGACUUCAAGGAGCUUCGCUACAGUGACAGCCUGACCAAAUUCAACUGCAAUGGCAAGAGCAGCACGUCCAACGGCAGGAUCACCCACGGCUUCAAGCUAAAAAGCGCUUACGAGAACGGCCUGAUGCCUUACACCAACUACACGUUUGACUUCAAGGGUGUCAUCGACUACAUUUUCUACUCCAAGCCUCACCUGAACGUCCUGGGCAUCCUGGGGCCCCUGGAUCCUCACUGGCUGGUAGAGAACAAUGUCAGCGGCUGCCCGCACCCUCACAUCCCCUCCGACCACUUCAGUCUCUUCACCCAGUUGGAGUUGCUUCUGCCCAACUUGCCCCCGCAGGUCAAUGGCCUCCAUCUGCCUGCACGCAGGUAGUGAGUCCCUGCCACUCCACCAGGCGGGAGAGUGGGGGCUCUCUACCUGUCUGCCCACGUCCCCUCCCACGACAGCUCUUCCCUCUGCCGCCCGGAGGAGGAAGGCAAAAAAGGAAAAAACACAACCUGUAAAAUAUUCGUACAGUGAGGUCUGGCCAACAGGGAUUUCCUAUGAUGUGAUAGAUAUUCUAUAUUUUUCUUUUUUUCUCUCUGUCUUUUUUUAACUGCUCACUUCAGUACACUUUGUGUAUCGUAAUUUGUCUUUUGGACUCCCUAUUCCCACCCAUCCAUACUCAUUGACGUCUUGUCACGCUACACAGGAUGCUAGCUCAUCCCGCGUUUUUCGACGCGAGUGGGAGGGCCACGUUUAGCGGAGAAGCUUCCGAGCUGAUGCUGCGUGUGCGCGUGUGUCUGCCUGUUCUGUAUAAACCUGAAACCAGCAAAGAUGGCAGACGUGUCACUCUUUACACAUGCAUCGGGCCGGAAGAGGGCCGGUAGUCAGGAGUCGAGACGGAAGCUUUUCCCACUGUCAUUCAGUGGUGCUUGGGGCCCUAUUGAGUGCCCGCGGCCUCCCGUGGUGCUACACCUCCGACCCCGGCCCGGCCCAGUCUCCGGUCCCACAGGUGCAAUGGCUCCGACACCCACAGAGCCACCCAACGGUGCUGCACCACUUCACACAGCCUGGAGGGACGCUUUGAGAAACAGCCACCAACCUAAUUUCAGACUGUUUUGGGUGUUGUUGUUAGUCUCGUCUUACUGCUAUGAAGCACUCUCAGCCUGCACUUAAUUUUGGGUAAGGGCCAUUUGGGGCUUGUGGUCACGAGGGAGCGAGUCCUGGGUGGUACGACCAGCAUUCCUCUCAAUGUCCAGCUCAACACACACACACAGACUUGUAGCACUGUCUUGACGGCCAGUAGUGACACAUUCCCGCUCCUUAAAUCCCACAUACACAACCUCGCAUGAUAUCGGUGUAUUCAGUUCUUUUUUUUCCCUCCAAACGAGUGUUUGUACAGAAUCAAAAGCGUAGAUUCAGUCUUUACAUGAUUGUAUAUGAACCACAAAAGACCUGUUUUCUGGUGUGUUUUUUGUACCAAGAGUAAAUUAUAAUCCCAUUUGAGAGAUUGUAUGUAAACUAUGACUAAAUUUUUAUCACGUUCAUGUUGCGGUGAAACUGAUAACCAGCUUGUACAAACAACAUAAGCAGAAGAAGAGGUUGUUCAUGGCGCGUUUGUCACAACUUUGCACUCCUUUUGAGAUGAACCAUUGUGUAGCGCAUCUUGUUUUUAAGCCCCCCUCAUUACUGAUGUUGAUUUGGUUUGUUUGUUAGUGGCAAUUUGUACGUAGACCAGCCCACCCUCGCAUCAACAUACACACACACUCCUGUGUGACGCCCAGUAAGAAUCCCCCAUGUCCGAGCAAACAAUGUGCCUCAUCGUAGCAGUUGUUGUCUUGCACUACCAAACAUUCGACAGAAGCCUGAACAACCUUUUCUGCUUUUAUUUUUAAAUACUGUUGAGACAUUUGUGAAGAUUUUAUGUCCGUUUGUGUUUUGUUAAAGUUGGUUCUCCUUUUUUACGAGCCUUGACGAUGUUCUUGCUGUUGUGUAUAUUCCUUUUUUGUUUUUGACCCCCAUCGCCAAUAAUCAGGUAUUUGUGUCCCCCCACCACCAAACACACACCUUUGCUCUUUAGGAUUAGGUGUCUUAUUAAGUCAUCAAUUGUACAUUUAUACAGCUCUGCUACUUAGUUGAGCUCUCAUUUUAAAUCCCUCUUGAACAACCACUUUGUAUCAUUGUCACACACACACACGCAUCCAGUUGCUGCAGCUACUGUGCCAUCUGUGGACCCCCCCCCCCCGACACACACACAUUUCUCAUUUGGUUCCUCCCCGCCCCAAAAUAUUGGCAGAGGCCAGGCUUUUGAUGCCACGGGAAGACGAGCACUUAGUAGACAACUUCCCCCCUCCCCAUCACUGACAUUUCACCACUUUUAAAGCGAUGGAAGCAAAGAAAUAGGAAGUAUCAAGUUAGUCCUCAGAGGUCCUUCUUGUGCUGUUUCUUUGCAUCCUGUUUUUAACUGAAAACCAACAGUGUCCACUUUUUUUUUUACUUCCUUUUCCUGAAUGGCAUUAGUGUUGUAGUAGAUGAAAAGGCUAGCUUUUUUUUGUAAAGUGUGAAUAAAAGAUGUAUCUCAUGUUUCCUUUCUAAAAUAUUGAAUUGUGUUGAUGUAUAAAUACUGAAUUCUACGACUGUAUUGUUUGCUACUUUUUAGUACUUUCCCAUCGUACGCGCCGAUCCUGCCAUAAACCAAAUCCUCUGUAGAUUAUGUGCACAGGUGUUGAAUGUUCCGGAAUGAAGGACGAGGCGCUUUGGCAUCAGGAAGUGUGACUUUUUUUUUUUUUAAUUUGUGGUUUUGUUACCUUUCAGAUUUAUUGCAUAUAUUUUGUCUGGCACUAGCUGGAGAGUGCUAGUGCCUGAAGGUGAGGGCAGCAGAGCUGACCUCGUAGCUGCCGAGUCUAUGAUGUGCCGCUGGUCGCCAGACUGCUCCUGUGAUCAUUUCUCCCUCUUUUUUUUUUCUUCCCCAUUUCAUAAUGUCCCAUUGCUUGAUUUCGCACGCAACCCUCGCGAAGGGAGACUGCCGCCUCCGAGGGCCGAAUCGCAGAGCAAAACCCGUACGAUCGUGUUGUGCUUUGUGAUGUUUUUUUGUGCUCCUUUGGGCAUAGACUGAUCUAUUCCCCCCAAGCUGCAUCUUUUUGUUGUUGUUGCAGUGCACACCAAAGCUGCUCGUAGUAACAGAUCAUACCCCCACCCACCAAUCCAAGUUAUGUGAAAUGAACUGACUAUAUUACUUUGUUAUAAUUAAUUGCAUCCCUUUCAGAAAAAUGGCAAUAAUACUCAACAUUCAAACACUUUUUAAAGGCAUUUUAUGUGGAGACUAAUGUAGCUUCUUUAAUCCUUUAACACUGCGCUCACCGUUGUUAGCUGAUAUAUUGAUUUCACCUGUAUAUUUGCUCAUCUCCUUCCCUUGCUGACCUCGUGCUAGUUGUUCAAAGAUCAGGAUUGUCUAUCUGUAGUCAGCUGAGUACAUUUUAUUGAUCUGUCACUGUGUUCAUGCACUGGACCAACUAUUGUUUACCAUUCAUGAAAUACCAGCAAAAAAAAAAAAUAAAAUAAAAAUUAAUAACCGACUAUAAAACACUUGCACAAUGUUGUAGAAUGUCCAUUAACCCAGACAAGAAAUCAAGGCAGCUCUUUUCAAGUCAACACAUAUUAUUUGAAAAAGGAAUUGAAUGGUAAACAAUGUUUUCUGUUGUACACUUAGCCGUCCUCUCAAUUCUCUUGGACUAGUUUUGUACUUUUUUUUUUCGUUGACUACAGGUUCUGCUUGUUUCCUUUUCACCAACCUAUGUAUUUUCCUACUUGUUCAGAAUAAAUUCUAUAUUAUCUGUUUCAA